GAUCGUUACCCGCGGCAUUUAGUACAUACUGGUUCAAAUAUUAUCACACUGGGAACGACUGCUGGGCACCACUACAUGACUCCCUUCGAAGCCACCUUACAAAAUGUCCCAACACCCAACAUCCAUCCACCACGCCGCGUGAAGCGCUUCAAAGCUUCCUCCCACGGCUUCUACGCAUCACAACGAUAGACAGCCGCAUCUUCUUAGGUACUUUCGCAGGCACAGAUAAACCUCUCAACAUAAUCCUCAUAGACGCUGAAGAAUACCGUAUCUCUCAAGGCCCAGGGAAAAGGGUGAAGCUCAGCGAGAGUGGGAGAUAUAUCGGACAAGUGUUGUUGCCAUGGAAGACGAUCGUAAGGGUCGAAGUCUACGAGAGAAACAAUGUGAUGGAGAAGGAGAGGCGGGAUAAAGGUGAUAAUAUCUAUUUGUAGGAAAGUUUCAAACAUUCAACGCGUAUGACAAGCAUUCCAAAAGAUUUGCUAAAUAUACGCUUCACUGUCUUGAAAUUUGACUCUCGGUAACAUGCGACGAGGAAACCUUGGCUCCAGUCCUCAUUCAAUAAUCAAGAACAAAGCCUUAAGCUUCGACAUUAUCUCUCCUUGAGGCAGACGCCGAUACUAUUUCGAACCUCUGUCCGAUAUUUCAUAUCUGGCUUCCCAGUUACUUGA